CUCAAGAGCUGCUUAGCUCUGGUACUUUUCAGCACCUCAGCGUGAGCUGUUGCCAAUGAUGCUGCCGUCGUCCUCCAGCUAUACGGAAGCCAACUUCAGGUCAGGGACUUUUUCUGGCUAUGGCAGUCCCUAUGGCAGCUAUAAGCCUGCAGUGCAAGUUGGCACGCAGAAACACAUGGGCUUCGGGGAUGGUUUGAUCCCGACGUAUCCAACCGGCAUGCCGCUCAUGCAGCCGGCUACAGCGCCCUACAUGAGCGAGAUGGCCCCUUUGACCAACGGACGGCUGCCGCCCACGACGCUUUUGGCAGCUGCCAGUGCCAACAAGUCAACCUACCAGGAGUCGUGCGCGGAAGAGGGUUGGCUGGACGAAGACAAAUUCGGUGCAGAAGACAAGGGCCCCAGCUUGGACUACACCUUCUGGGGCAUUGAUUUGAAGCCUAUUUUGCCAGUGGCUCUUGCAUUGUCAACAGUUGUGGGAGCCAUAUGCAUGAUGCUUGUGCAAAUUCCGAUACUCAGCCGAUUCACGUUCAUGUCGCAGGCAGCGCUCUCCGCGGCCUUCUCUGUACUCUACGGUAUUACGCUGGGUUGCAUGACGUACUGCACUUUUGCAGAUCCUGGUCAAGUCAAGAAGACUCGUAAUCUGAAGCCAGCAGGGGUGGACAUUGAGGAGGGCAUGCCGAGACGCGCGCAUAAGUCGUGGCAAUAUCCCAGGCCCAUCCGUCGGUAUGAUCACUACUGCAAGUGGCUCCAAAAUGUGAUUGGACUCCUGAACCAUAGGGAAUUUGUCACAAUGCUCAUUGGCUUGACAUCAAUUGGUUUGCUUGGAAUCGUGAUUGACUUGUGGCUCGCUGUCCUGAUCGCCGAGAAGGGCUUCAUGGACAGCGAGAUCGUUGUGGUGUUGCAUUUGGCCUACUCGAUUGCUUUGCUGUUCAUUGAAUGGCCCAUUUGCAGGAUUCACGUCGGCCUGGUCUCAAGGAACGAGACUGCGCAGGAGUGGAAAAAGAAUGAGAACUAUGUGGCCAACAACACAAGCCUCGGGGACAAAGUCCCCGUGGAGGAGUUGGACGAUGAUGAGUACAACGAGCUGUUUGACAAGGAUGCGUUUGUGUAUGAUCGGACAAGGAAUCCUUUUGACAAGGGCGCUGCGUCGAACUGCUUCAACUUCUGGUGCAUGCCCCGCUGGCCAGCAGACGAGAAGGGGGAUUGGUGAGAGAUAGAGAUGAUAAUGUCAGCAUCGCCUCGUACUUUUGUGGAGGCUGGCUUGUUUCACUAUGUCGUGACCAAAACUGUCAUGUACGUGUACAAUGACCAAUGACCAACAUUCAAACCACAGUCGACC